GUCUUCAUGGCACAACAUCACCUGAUACAAUGAAUGCAGAGGAGCACCAUGAGACUUAGUUGACACAUUAUUAUAAAGCCUGUUGAGAGGUUCUCUCGGCUAUCAUCUCUAAAUAAAACAAAUUAUUCCAUGAAUGGCAGAACUAAUGAAACCCGGUUUUCCUUCAACUGAUUUACUUUGUUCACAUCUAUCCUAGUGUCUUCCUCAUCCUUUCCCACUGUCACUUCAGAGCUUCCUCCUUCUCUCUGUCCCAGCCCUUUCUGUGAUUGUUUGAAGCUACUCCAUUGCUAUGCAUGAUUAUGAGUCCUCCAUCUGCUGCUCAUGUACCACCAGCAGUGGUUGACUCUGGACUUGACUUGUUCAUGACCUGAGAAGAAAAUGUUGCUAUUAAGCAUGUCUCAUCAUUUCCUUCAGCAAGAAUGGCACACUGGGCCUUCCAUGUUUAUUCAACCACCCUUUUUAUGCAACUUGCGGGAACACCAUGGUUUUGGCAUGCCGGCCAAAUUUUAUUAUGAUCAGCUGAAGAGUUUAAAAAUUAGGAGAAAUGGGACUGCCGAUCAGCACAGCUGCGUAAACCAUGUUUCACCAGAAAUGGGACUGUCACAGGGGCCGUCUAGAAAAGCCAGCUGAUGGAGUCUGUGUGUUUAAAUGCUUGGUUAACAGAGACACUGAAUACUGUCACGUGGGAAAACAGUCUGUGUUAAUUACGCUGGGAUACAACAGUGCCUUGCUCCAGUUCAAGUCACAAGCUGAAUACUACACAUUUUCAAAUGCAUUGAAGGGAUGCCGGAGCCAAAAGAAGGAGAACUCUGUUUUCAGUCAGAGAACAGAUGAAGCAUCCGCUGCUCAAUAUUUUCAGUUUUAUGGCUGUCUAUCUCAACAGCAGAAUAUGAUGCAGGAUUUUGUGAGGACAGCCACUUAUCACAGAGCUAUCCUACAGAACUACCUAGAUUUUACAGACAAGGUGGUCCUAGAUGUUGGCUGCAGAUCAGGAAUCCUCUCAUUUUUUGCAGUGCAGGCUGGAGCUAGAAAAGUCUAUGCUGUUGAAGCCAGUUCAAUGGCAAAAUAUGCAGAGCUGUUGGUGAGAAGCAACAACCUUUCUGACAAGAUCACAGUUCUGUCUGGAAAAAUUGAGGAGAUCUCCCUGCCUGAGAGUGUUGAUGUGGUAAUUUCUGAACCGAUGGGUUAUAUGCUGUUCAAUGAAAGGAUGUUGGAAAGUUACCUUCAUGCCAAAAAAUGGUUGAACUCAAACGGAAUGAUGUUCCCAACAUACAGUGACAUUCAUUUGGCUCCUUUUUCCGAUGAGCAGCUGUACAUGGAACACUACUCCAGAGCCAAUUUUUGGUACCAAGAAUGCUUUUAUGGGGUCAACCUGUCCAGUCUGCGCAGUGCAGCUGUGGAUGAGUAUUUCCGACAACCUAUUGUGGAUACUUUUGAUGUGAGAAUUCUGAUGGCACGGACAGUGAAGUACACUGUUAACUUCAUGGAAGCUGCUGAGGAAGAUUUGCACAGAGUGGAAAUCCCUUUUGUUUUCCAAAUGAUGCAGUCUGGACUAAUCCAUGGCCUGGCCUUCUGGUUUGAUGUGGCAUUUGUAGGAUCACUGGUAACUGUUUGGCUGUCCACUGCACCAACAGAACCUCUCACUCACUGGUAUCAAGUACGCUGCCUUCUUCAGACACCCCUCUUUGCUAAAGAGGGGGAAACUCUCUCAGGGAAAGUCUUAUUUGUUGCCAAUAAGCGGCAAAGUUAUGAUAUUCAGAUUGUGGCUAUGGUGGACCAGACAGGAUUUAAAUCUGGUAAUAUUCUUGAUUUAAAGAAUCCAUUUUUUAGGUAUGCCUAGAACAUACUGUAAUAUGGCACCUGAAAACAGACGUCAGAUUCUCACCGAGCUGAGUGAGACUGAAAUGAGUUCAAUUCUUAGUAGGCUUACUGGUGCUUGUAAAAUCAAUUUGUAACUGUACAUAUCUGUAACCAUAUGCGAGUCACAUGAGAAGGGGAUAUUGUGGUUCCAUCCUAUUUUUUUUUUUUUAAUUGAAAUUUAGCCUGCGCUCACAUUUACAGACUUGAAUUGCAGCAGAUUCAGUUUUAUUCCAGGAAGUUCAUUUGGUGUAAAACAAGAACUAUUUCUCUGUGUUUGUUUUUAUUUCUAUUUUACAGUAAGCUCACAUUGCUUCUCGUCUUGCUUUUAAUAUUCUUACCAAUAUUCUAGGUUAUUGAACAAAACCUACCUCAUGUUUAUAUAUGUAACAUAUCAAAAGAUCUUUGAGCGGUAUGUAGUGUCCAUGCUUUAAACAUUCAGCACUUAUUUCAAUGUUUGGUGUUAAUAUUCUAGCUCACCAGGGCAGUGUGUUAAAUACUUCUGGUUUCUCUCAGUGGACUCAUUAAUUUUGUUCAUUUUGAGACAUGACCCUGAAGUCAUCUUGCAUAUUCUUUGUAGAUGUUCUGAGAUUUCUCUGUGCCUACAGAAGUGUAACUGGACACAUUUGUAAAUUACUCCCAGCAUAGAGUGAUAUAAAACUGUAAGAUAGGAUAUGUGUGACACUUUUUCUGCAGCUCUGUGAGAAGUAUUGAUAGUCCAAGCUAUAUAAGAUGUAUUUUUGGCUUGUGUGCCUAGCAAAUGAGGAGGACUGUAGAGUUCCAGUACAGAUUUUAAUGAGAUCUCUCUCCAGACAAUGUUAUCCAUAAAGAGCACAUACUGACUUCUGUAGAAUGUGUUUCUGUCAUUCAAAGUAUAUGCCUUAGGCUGAAUUAAUGAGCUGGAGUCAAAUCAGAAACAUAGACAUCAUUUUCCUACCAAAAAUUGUAAAUGCAAUGAUACCUCUAGCAAGAUAUAAUCAGUCUUUAGCCUUCCACACACUGUUGGAAGGCUGGUUUGUAGGAAAAGCCCCAUGAAAGCGGACCCUUCUCUCAGGAUGGUAAAUGCUGCAUUUGAUCAGAAGACCAGCUAAGGACCUCUGCUGGGAGUAAUUCAGAAAUAGCUGUAGUUUCAGAGGUUUUUUUCUUCAAGUCAACAGACAAUUGCGGCUAUUUAAAGACAGUUCUGAGAUAAUGGAAAGUAGUCCCUAAAAUUGUGAAACCUUUAAGAGUAACAUGAGCUUCAUGGCUGAGGCCAUGAAACCAUUGAAGUUAGCGUCAGAGAAUUAUUGCCUUCUUAUUUCCAGUAGCAUUUAAUACAGACUUCUAGUAUAAAAAUGUAGUUUGCACAAUAAAAGACUUUUUUGUUACACAAAUAUAUAAUAUAUAUUAAAAAAAUAAUAUUGAAUGUGAGCUGCUGCUUCAGAAUGAUAACAGAAAUUAUCAUUCUAACCUCUACAAGCAGUGUAAUGAGAUUUCUGAUGCAAUGUCUGAUGGUUGGGUAUCUAUCCUUCCUAAAUUUAAUCUGUACAGUGGCUGGUGGUUUUAUGCUUAUGUGAGAGAAGGAAACAAAUCCAGGAAUGUCCAAAUACCAGGCAGCUGUAGUUCAGAGUUUUCUAGAGUUUGGCAAGUUUUCCUCCGCAAUUACGAAAGCAGUAUAUGGAAUCUGAAUCUGAAUUCAGCUGGGUCUCACAUUUCAGUGGAAAACCUCUUCCAAAAAGUAUAUAUCAAAGACUUCUAUUUUCUACAGGCAAAAACUUUACAUUGUGAAUUUAAUGUGGCAACUUCAAUUCUUUUUAAGGAAGAAAGGAAAUAAAGGGGAGGAAAAACAGCAGCAGCAGACAGCAGUGUCAGGUUGUGUAUCUAUAUUUAAUUCCAGAAUAAAAGGUGUAUGAAUCUAAUAACUGCACCUUCACUAUGUAUAGAAAAGAUUAUUGCCUUAUAUGCUAACAAGUACAAAGAUUAUUUCACUGUAAUUGCUACUCUGAAGUGAUCUGGGUGAUCCAGGACUGGUAUUUGUAUUUCUCUCUACUUCAGGAAUUCACUUUAUUCCAGAUUGCAUGCUAAAACUGAAGAGAAGAUCGACAUUGGCAACUGUACCAGUUGCAGCCUGAAAUACGGUCCUGUGACUGUCUUCAUUUCUUUAUCAUUUAACAUUUUCCUCUUUCCUGCUUCGAAGCGUUGGUGUUUUUGAAGUAUGCAAGAGCCUGCCUUCAAGGACUACAAUGUACUGUUUUCACCUCACAGGACUUUCUGGGUAUAAAUAUGAGAAUAUAUUUGUAAAGUAUUUUUUGAAACAACAUGUCAAUGAAAACAUUUUAUUGAUACAAAUGACGUUGGUUUGUUUCGAUUUUUUAUAAAGGCAACAAGGUAAGAUUAAUGAAUGCUAGAGAAUGUAGGGAAAGUAAAGCAGAACUGUGGGGAUGCUGGAGCAAACAGUGAUGAUGUAGUUUUACAACGCAGACUCUUGAACAGAUUUGACCAUAUUAUGAAAUACAGCGUUUCCUCAUUUAUAGUUGAAGAGGCUAUAUUAAUCCUGUUGAAAAACUACAUAUUGUCUUGCAUCCCACAGACUCAAAAAGCACAAUAGGAAAGACACUGAGUAUCAUAUUAAGGAGCUAUAAAUUUUCAUGCUUGGUUGGAUCCAUGGUCAUUUAGAAGGUUCAUCUUCAAGAAAUUACAGCAGUAAGAAAUGCUUUCAGCAGCUUAUUUUUCAACAAUUGCAUAUGGUUAUUUUCUUUUACCUUCACCCCAGAGAGAUGCAUUUAAAGUUUUGUAAGCAGUCAUAUACACAUAGUGAUUCAUGAUAAAUUGCAUUUUCAGUAGUAAUGACUUUCAUUUUGAAUGUCUAUCUAUGUGAGUUCUCCCAUCUGAACUGAUGAUUAGAAUACUCCGUCCUUAGGAAUAGUAUAGGAAUUCAAUGUGGUUACUAUUAUUCUGGUGGUUGCUAAGAGAAGUAGUGAUUUACUGCAUAUUGUGUGCACUAGACCCACAGAAAUCUUUGUGAUAGCGCUCUUUAAAAUACUUAUGACAACUAUGACAUCCAAAAGCAAUCUUGAUGCAUCUGGAUCUAAGUGCAGUGAAACACAAUGGAAUUGGUGUUAAUUUGCUUAGCUAAGUUUCUACAAUUUAUGCUUUUUUUCUCAAGAUGCAAAGAAGAAAAAAAAAGGGCGGGGAGGCAUUUAGAGGUUGGAGAACAAACCUCCAGAUGGUAUGCAUUUUAUUCUUCUUUUAGUCUUGCCUUGUGGUAUACAGGUUUUCAUUCUUCUCAAAUAGAUAAUACACAUAUUUACAACUCUACUGAUCCAAGCUGAGAGAUAAAACUACGGAAAGAUACACUGUCAAGAUGCAGCUGAAGAGUCAGCAGAAUGGAGGACAGCAGUUCAACAGGAGACUGCAGGCAGAAAAAUUAAUUUCUUGCUGGAAGCAAAAGGGUAUCAAAUAGCUGAUACGAACUAUUCACGUUCAGCUCACCAGGUUUGACCCACGCUGAUUUUAGUGAUAUUCAGAUGCACAUAUUUACAGAAGAAAAAGAAACUAACAUAACCUGAAGAAAACCAAAGACAAAGGAGUGGGAAUUAUAAAAAUGUCUUUCUCGAAGUGGCUGCCCCUCUAGAGGUUGGCCAGUUGUCAGGCAUGUCAUCUUGCAACACUGAACUGGGACUACAGCCUAAUUUGCAGCA